UAAACGUCGGUCCAACCCUCAAAAAAGGUGUGCGCCACGAUUAACUUGUGUAUGCGCAAGUAACAUAGAGCUAGAGCUAACAUAUACAGUAUCCCCAAUGAAAGCGCCUACUCCCUAGGGAACGCUUCGUAUAGGGCUCGACGGUUUUUUUGCAUGGGAUCAUGCCGGUGGCGGGCACCCUUGAAAAGCUCAGGCAUCAACAAGGGAUGGUAAUACUGUUUGCUUUCGCGUGCAUGCCCGCAACGCAUUCGCGUGUGCCAACACACUACUCCACACUCGCACGCGACAGGACCGCGACGCAUACAAGGAUGCGCGCUUUCAUCGCAUUUGUGCUGGCGCUUGCCGUGUUCGCGGCGGUCCAGGUGCAGGGUGCUCAAUACAACGUAACCUGGGCGGACGAUGGCAGCCCCAUCGACUUGUCGGUGAACUGCUCGGACGUCGUCCAGUUCAGCUGGCUGCCCCGCCACGAGCUCGAGCAGUCGCGCGGUUACGGCUGCGGCAAGCCCACAAUCCGCAACUUCGGUGAGGGCGUCAACAUCGUCGCCCCCCUGGUCUUCGCCAACCCCGGCACCUACACCUUCGCCUGCAACAUUGAGGACCACUGCACCGUGGGCAAGCAGCUGGCCAAGGUCCACGUCGGCGCCUGUUCCACGCCGAAGAACACCAUCAACUGGGCCUACCGCCGCGACAACGCCUCGUACGCCGCUCUGCAGCUCACUUGCGGCGAGACCCUGACCUUCAGCUGGACCAGCGGGCGCCACGACGUCGCCGAGGUUGAGAAGCCUGACUGCACCUCCCCCACCAUCGCCUACUACGGCAACGGCACCCGCUUCGACAACGGCACCUACUUUCCCCCCGCCUCCACCGGCUCCGUGUCUUUCACUUACACCAAGGCUGGCAGGCACCACUACAAGUGCGACGUUCCCAGCCACUGCUCCGUGGGCCGCAUGCUCCUGACGGUGGAUGUGACCUGCCCCACUAAAAGCGCGAGCCCGCCCCCUCGCCGCCGCUCGCCGCCCCCCCGCAAGUGGGUGCACUGGGGUUAAGCUGCCCGGAGCCCGGGUCGGUAACCGGAACAACAGCUGAAGUUUACAUAAAUUUCCGGUGAAGUAUGUACAUAACACAACCAGCGGGCCUUGGACCCCGUUAACCAAGGCAUGCCUGGUUUUGGGGUGACACGGCUUUCUGCAAGCGAACGGCAAGCUUCUUGCACGUGGGCAGAUUACGUUUUCGAGGAUGUAGCGGCGUUCUCGUAUAUGAGCGUGUGCAUUCCCUCAUUUAUGGAGCAGGCUCGGCACUUUCGAUAUCUCGGGUAAUUGGUGUGCAUAUGUCUGCCGAGACAAGCUGCGUGGAUCUCGGGAGUCCUUCGAAUUGGGCGGAUCAUUGCAUACGGCGUGCGAUUACAGCGUGCAUUUUUCUUUGGUGAUGAUGUUCUGUAGUGCUCGAUUGGCGGGGAUAUUGCCCGAUUCGGGCGCGUGCGGGGUAGGGUCGUGCGGGGCAGCGCGCAAUCGUGCGCCCCAGGACCGGGCCACACAUGCGGCAUUCCGGCGUUGUGCUAUUCGUGUUUCGGUGCAUUUACUCGCCCGUCACUUGCAUCUAAGGCCUCAAGCAGGUGCCACUCUGGGCAACCCAUUGGGCAACCCAUUCUGCUCUCCGGAUGUACGCACGAGAUACAUCAAAGUUCCCCUGUUUCGCACGAAUUGCAUGCGCUAAGGUCAUGGAUAUUAUAGCUGGAACAGGGGGGGGGUAGGAAACAAAGUGCCAGACCCCAUGCCCCGAAAUCCCCCGGGACCCCCCUUGAGGGGACGACCGACCCCCCGACGGACAAAACCUUGUUGUUCAGGGGUUAAAACCCCUCCAUUUUAU